AUGACAGAGUUUUUCCACAAUUGCACAACGAAUGAGCGGAAACGCGAGAUAGAGGAGCUUUUAAAUAACUUUGCCCAGCAAAUAGGAGCCUGGAGAUUCUGCCUCUAUUUCCUGUCAAGUACAAGAAAUGACUACGUGAUGAUGUACAGUCUGACUGUGUUUGAGAACCUGAUCAAUAAGAUGUGGCUUGGGGUCCCGUCGCAAGACAAAAUGGAGAUCCGCAGCUGCCUGCCCAAGCUGCUCCUGGCUCACCACAAAACUCUGCCUUACUUCAUCAGGAACAAACUCUGCAAAGUCAUCGUGGACAUUGGCCGGCAAGACUGGCCCAUGUUCUACCAUGACUUCUUCACUAACAUCUUGCAGUUAAUUCAGUCUCCUGUGACCACCCCUCUGGGAUUGAUCAUGUUGAAAACUACUUCGGAAGAACUGGCGUGUCCGCGGGAAGAUCUGAGCGUAGCCCGCAAAGAAGAGCUACGCAAGCUGCUCCUAGACCAGGUGCAAACAGUGCUUGGGCUCCUCACAGGUAUUUUGGAGAGCAUCUGGGACAAACACAGCGUUACUGCUGCCACUCCACCACCAUCCCCAACUUCAGGAGAAAGUGGUGACCUGUUAAGUAGCCUGUUGCAGAGUCCCAGUGCGGCCAAAUUAUUGAACCAGCCGAUCCCCAUUCUUGAUACAGACAGUGAAUAUAUCUGUUCCCUGGCGCUGGAGUGCCUGGCACACCUCUUCAGCUGGAUCCCUUUGUCCACCAGUAUCACCCCCUCCCUCCUCACCACCAUUUUCCACUUUGCUCGCUUUGGCUGCGACACCCGCGUUCGGAAGAUGUCUUCGGUCAACGGCAGCAGCCAGAACUCGGUGCUGGGACAGGAGCGUGGCCGACUUGGCGUCUUGGCUAUGUCUUGUAUCAAUGAACUGAUGUCUAAGAACUGCGUGCCUAUGGAGUUCGAAGAGUAUUUGCUACGGAUGUUCCAGCAGACUUUCUACCUCCUGCAGAAGAUUACCAAGGAGAACAACGCGCACACGGUGAAGAGUCGGCUAGAGGAACUGGAUGAAAGCUACAUUGAGAAGUUUACAGACUUUCUCCGGCUCUUUGUGAGCGUUCACCUACGAAGAAUCGAAUCCUACUCCCAGUUCCCCGUGGUUGAAUUUCUGGCACUGUUGUUCAAAUACACUUUUCAUCAGCCUACCCAUGAAGGUUACUUUUCUUGCUUAGACAUCUGGAUGCUCUUCUUGGACUAUCUGACUAGCAAAAUUAAAAGUCGUCUGGCAGACAAAGAAGCAGUACUCAACAGGUACGAAGACGCCUUGGUUCUGCUGCUGACAGAGGUGUUGAACCGAAUCCAGUUCAGGUAUAACCAGGCACAGCUGGAGGAGCUGGAUGACGAGACACUGGACGAUGAUCAGCAGACCGAGUGGCAGCGGUACUUGCGCCAGAGCUUGGAAGUGGUUGCCAAAGUCAUGGAGCUCUUGCCAACUCAUGCCUUCUCCACACUA